GCUGCAGGAGGCCUUUGACCCGCCGGGGCUCGUGGAGCGGCUGCAGCACAACCUGGGGCUCGUGCAGGACAUGUUCAAGUGGCAUGACUCCCUGGAUCAGGGGGCAGGGGCAUUUCUGAUUAGCAUGCUGAGGAAGAUUGGAGCAGCAGCAGCGCAACCACAGCUCACCACUUCCCACCCCCCGUUCCCCACUCCCCACUCCCCCACCUUCAUGCUCACGCCACAGGACAUGUUCAAGUGGCAUGACUCCCUGGACCAGGGGGCAGGGGCGGUUCUGAUGAGCAGGCUGAGGAAGAUUGGAGCAGCAGCAGCGGCGGCGCAAUCAGAGCAGCUGGAAGAGCAGAUCGUGCUGCCUCUGGCGACUAAUAGAACAGGAUCCAAGGGGUCAAAGGAGCGUAGGUGA